CGCGAAAUUCAGAUGGAAGUAGCUUCUGAGGAUCUGCCGUCCGAAAAAAUGCUAAUGUUUUGUGUAGUUUACUGCGGCUCCAAUCGUUCUAACCGAGAAAAGGAAAAGGUGUUUUAUAGAGUACCAAAGAUUGUCGUUGCCAAAGGUGAGACAUGUAAAAAGCUCUCAGAACUACGCCGUAAAAAGUGGAUUUUAAACCUACGUCUGCGGUCGGGAGGAGCAGAGUCUGCUAAUGCCGUGUCUGCAGCGACCACUUUGUCAGAGGCAGGGGCAUCGUCCAUGUGGGCGUCAUGCUGUGGGCUGCUGAACGAGGUGAUGGGCACGGGCACGGUGCGGGCGCAGCAGCCAGGGUUCGGAGCCGGGGCCGGGCCCUUCCGCUUUGCCCCAAGCGCUGGGUACUCCACCUACCCCCCCACCGCCUCAGGGAGCGCCGGGCAGCUGUGCAAAGCCUGUGGACUGGCCUUCUCCGUCUUCAGACGCAAGCACAUCUGCUGUGACUGCAAGAAGAGUUUCUGCGCCCUGUGCUCGGUGCUGCAGGAGGACCUGCGCUGCUGCACCACCUGCCACCUGCUGCGCGGCACCGCCUUCCAGAGGCCGCGGCUCAUGCAGCUCCGCGUCAAAGACCUGCGGCAGUACCUGCUGCUGCGCAACAUCUCCACCGACACAUGCAGGGAGAAAGAGGACCUGGUGGACCUGGUGCUGUGUCAUCAGGGGACGAGAGAAACCUCCACACCGGUGGGGGGAGAGGACGACGACGACGAGGACGACGAGGAGGAACAGGACGAGGAGGACACACAUGAGGACGAGGCGGAGGAGGAUGAGGAGGAGGAGGAGGAAGAUGAAGGGGAGGAGGACACAGACAGUCUGCACUCGCUCCCCCACUCGCGCCCCGCCUCACCCCCCUCAGCCACGCGCUCAGCCUCCGAACAGUCGGUCGUCUCCGCCUCUCAGGGAGAGGUCCUCAGCCCCAGUGACAGCUCAGGGACCACCAGCCAGGAACAAGAGGAUACUCCAACAGCAUCUCUUUUGAACCUGGAGCCCACUGAAACUUUAAUGGAGGUCAGUCCGGCGACGCAGAGAAGGAUCAGGGCCUCGCUGUCUGAUCUGGACAAUGAAGAGGCGAUAGAAAACCUGUCCGUGCGCCAGCUCAAAGAGAUACUUGCCAGGAACUUUGUCAAUUACUCGGGCUGCUGCGAGAAGUGGGAACUGCUGGAGCGAGUGCAUCGACUCUACAGAGAAAAUGAGCAGAACAGGAAAUCCAUGGAAAAUGUGAGCAUAACUGCAGUGGUGGCAUAUCCUCCACCUCUCUGCAACAGUGGAGUUGGAGAUGGUGUCAAAGCUCAGCUGGCGGCUGAUGAUAACUUGUGUCGCAUCUGCAUGGACGCCAUCAUCGACUGCGUGCUUCUGGAAUGUGGUCACAUGGUAACCUGCACCAAAUGUGGAAAGAGGAUGAGCGAGUGCCCCAUCUGCAGGCAGUACGUAGUGCGGGCCGUGCACGUCUUCAAGUCUUAAAACUCUGUGUGUGAGCGUCAGAGCAGCCCUCAGAGCCCCGAAUUUAUCACUGAGGAUGAACUGCUGUGCAUGACGUCUCGCAGGGUCUAAUGCUGCAGCAGGCGCCAGCAACAGCCCGGUGUUUGAAACCAGACUGUUGCCUCUGGCCUUCCACGGUUUGUUUUUCCCCUCCUUACUAACUCAUGUUCCAGACCCACUUCUCCUCCUGGUGGACCGUCAUCAGCUGCACCGGGACACUCACUCUUUCUCUCUUUGGUCUGUUAAACACACAGCAGAAACCCCUGCCAUCACUUUCUGCUCUCUAUUGGCUGUUUAGAUUGAGAUGAGAGAAAGGGGAAGAGAGGAGGGGUCCCACAGAUACUUGAAGCGGAUCGGAUUGUUGUGUGCAGUGAAGAGAAGCAGAAAAAUAUAAGAUCCCAGGGUUAGAGUCAAUAUGGUUUACACAGUCAUGCCACAUGACACCAUGUUAUCUCCCUCAGUGUUCUUUUAGGAUGUGCAAUAUCAGAAAAAAAAAGAGACUUACAUGUGUUUUUAUUAAAUGUCUUAUUUAUUCAUCCGAGCACCACCAGGUCAUCUCGUCUCACACACAGGAGGGUGUAAGGUGCCAAACGUCAUGCCUUUUUGAUCGAUAUUUGGUUAGGAUUUCACAGUUGAUGCAUCUCAUCGCCAGCAAGCUUGGUGUGAUAGUUUACUCUGCUUUUUCCUCAAAUGAAAUUUAGGAAAUAAAGGGUGUAAUAGUAAACAUUUGAACACUUUGCUGUGUGAUGGAUGUCAUCUCAAAUAAGUGCACAGAUAUGAACUGAAAAUAAACUCUUCUUGGUCACACCACAGGCUGUACUACAUUCCUGUUACAUAGCUUGAGCUUAUUGGUAAUUCUACUUGUUUUAAAACAGCAGUUAGACAAAAAAUAUGAACUCAAGGCUCCCUUAGUUGCUUUUUACUAGGUUUUCAAAUUUCACAGGCUUCAUCAGCAGUAAAAGGUCAGCGUCCAUGACCUUACGUCCAUGACAGGAGAUCCUGUGAAUUGCCUCAGAAGUUCAUGUGCUAAUAAAAAGCUAAUAGGUUAGCCUGAGUGAAAGAUUUUUUUUGUACUAAUUUAAUCUAGACAUCAUCCCUCUUUAAAUUUAAAUAACUGCCACCAAGCAAUACCAUUUAGUCUACCAAGUGUCUUUUCUUUGUGUUGUCCGUUGAGUGUGGAAAUCGUGGGCAGGUGACAGGUGCUACUUCCUCUUUUCUGAGUGUGACAUCAACAAACCCUUUGUCAUGUUGUCGAGGCGUCCCUCCGAAUAUCCAACACACAGUGAGAAGUAGAGGAAGCCUUAUUUAUUUUAUCCCGUUAUGCAAAAGAAACAUUUUGUUUUCUUGUCAUGAGAUCCAUUUAACUCAGAUGUCACUAAAAUAUCUGUACAGUAUGCCUGUGGUACUUAAAAAAUAAAUAAAAAGCUGUUAAGUGAAUCGCAUAGAUAGGUGAUAUUGUUGUUUACUUAUAAGUCAUUAAAUGUAUAUUUUUCCAUUUUCUUGGGAGACAACAUGAUUUUCAAGUUAUAAUAACCGUUUUCCAGAAUGUAUCUGCUGGUUUUGCUCAGACGUUUCCUCAUUUAUCGGAUCGUGUCACACCCACCAUUAAAGCCGCGUCUGCCAUGGUCGCGCUUUAUAGCACUUUUGGUCGUUGUCUGCUUCAGAUCUGAACACUGACACCAUGUACUGUAACGAACGCUGUAACUGUACGUCUUUUUGUCGAUGCUGCUGAUUCUAAAAGAUGUCAUUCAUGGGCAGCUACAGUACUUUCAGAGUAAGAGGUCAUCAUGAGCAGCACUCGUAAUCCUGGGUCUUAUUUUGGAAUGUUGAACCUUUUUAUUUUGGUAAACAAGAGAAAAUGAUUUAUUAGAUUCAAUAAAAUGCAGUACUACAAAUCAGAACGUAAAACCCUGCUUUUCAUUUGUAAAUGGCUGGAUUUUGUUCACUUUUACAGUUUAUUGGUUGGCACUUGGUUAAUAAUAUGAAUACAGAUCUGAUAGCAGCAGUGUUUCAGUAUAUCAUUAUGUGUCUUUCUUAAAUUAGUAUUUUGCUGAUUUUCAGGUUUUAUAUUUGUAUUUUGUGCCUCUACUGUGACAUGUUUACAUGCUUUAUUUUUCUCAUACUGCCUGUGCUGCAGCACCUCUUUUCAGCCUGUCU